AUGUUGUUGUUCUGGUCAGGCAGUCAGGAAAGCCUCAAUGCAGUGAUUGAUUCUCAUAACCUUAGCAACAGUCCAGUGAAAUUGGUUUAUAAAAUUGAUUCUGGUGUCAUUGACUUCUUAGAUGUCAGAAUAGAGAAGGACAAUGGUGGGCUUGGGACAUCCAUGUUUGUUAAGCCCACUGAUCGUAAUUCUAUGCUGUUGUCCUCUAGCCAUCAUCCUCUGCCAACCCGCAUGGGAUUACCUUAUUCACAGUUCUUACGGGAGAUUGAGCAGCGAAGUUUGAAGGGGAGGAGGAGCUGCCAUUCUCCUGCUAUCUCAAGAGAUAAAAACCCACAGAGGAAUCAGCAGACAAAGCAGAUUGUCCUGAGCUGCCUGAAAAUAGAGCGACAGAGGAGCCUUGGAGCAUCUUCACCUGCCUGCACCGUUCCUUCCUUCCAUCACACUAUGGUGACCUCUUUGAAGCUGUGGCCAAUGAUGAUAGCUGUUUCAGUCUGCAUCUUAAUAUGUCUAGGGACAAUAGUGGAGGGAUAUCCACCUAAACCAGAGACUCCCGGCGAAGGUGCUUCCCCAGAGGAAAUGAGUAAAUACCAGGUUGCUCUGCGACAUUACCUUAACCUGGUGACACGGCAAAGGUAUGGAAAGAGAGACAGUCCUGUUGACAAUCUGCUUUCAGAGCUUCUAUAUGGAGACAGUGGAAACCACAACAGCAGAUCACUGUUUGAUGACUCCUACAGCUGGUGACCCUGGGAUAUUAGCUCCCCCCUUCCUCCCUUGGUGUCCGCUCUCCUGCCUUCCUUCAUUUUUAACAUUUCAAUUAUUUUUAUGCCAUUUUGCAUUCUGACUAUUUCCUGUAUCUCAUCUCCCCAUUUAGUGGGAGACUAUGUGGUGCCACCUGUAUGGGAUAUAGAGAACACACAUGUGCGUAUUGCGUGUGUAUGCCAUCCUACCAGAGCUGCCUCUCCUAUGACAUGCAAUCUGUGAUGUCUGCUGAAAAUCAACUGUAUAAAAAAAUAAAUAAAAGCAAGUUUGA